AGGUUCCACGUAUUCUUCAAAAACCCGAUUGCAAAGAAACGAAAACAGUAAUCACAAUUCCAUCAGUGAUAACCUCCAAUCACGAGGAUCUAAUCAGUCGGAAAAACCCUGUGUAAUCAUUCACAAUACCCCAGCUCCUCCAUUUUGUCAAGCACAAAAAAUUCCCCCUAGUCAAAGAGCCCAGUCGCCUCGAGAAAAAAAAAGCAAAAACAAUGGGCCUCCUCCAGUCUCAUUAGCAUGCGCCAAAAUAAAACCAAAAUUCGCAAACAAGUGGUGUUUUUUGUAACCGUGAAUUGGCAGCUAUGCUCCUCAAUGUCAUGCCUCAAGGUAAACUAUCGAUGACGUCAGUGUACGUCACUUAACAAGUGGGAGUGGAUGGAUGGAUGUCGGCGCACGGUUGUGGUUUUCUGCAAAAUCGCCCUCGGUAUUUUGUUGGCGACCUAACCGCUUCGACGUGAUAAUGGUACGUGUGUCUUUGAGAGAUGAGGGACCGACCAAUCACGUACCAUAACCCACUCACAACGUUAAAAAAAUAUCUCAACAAUCUAAACAUUGCCGAUGAAAUUCGAUAAACGCGAUAAUCGAGUGUGCUAAUACUUCGUAAAUUAUUGUGAUAAGAGGGGAAACGAUUCUAAAUCGCACGUGUGAUAUUGUUGUUACGAGAGGGUUGGCUAUUAAACCGAGAUUUUUCACUUUGUACAUGGAAAAACACCAAAAUACGAUUGCGCAUGCCCGCGCCCGCAUGACGUCACGAAAAUUGUGGUUUUGAUCAAACGAAAAAGAAGAAAAAUAUAUAUAAGAAGUAAACGAGGGAGCUGUUCAAGUGUUGUAUCUUUUAUCCAAAUGUGUCUAAUAUUCUAGUUCAACGUUUUCACGUUAUCCCUGGAUUUUUGUUUUCCAUUUUUUUUUAUUUCUAUUUUUUUCUGUUAUUAUUGUGUCGUUACAAAUGAUAUCAUCGCAAGUCGAUUGUGUUGGAGAACGAUGAUGGGUGCCUCUCGUUCAAUGAUUUGACUGUGGUGGUACUGAGUUCCCUUUUUUUUAAUUUUUUUCAUCUGCAGAGAAGGAAAAGUAUAAAUAAGAUUGAGUGAGAGGGGUAUAGAGUCAAGUGGUUCAGUGUUGAGUUGCCGAGAGAGACAGAACAGUAGUGGACACGAGGAAUAAGAAGAGGAGAGUCCCGUGGUGUUGGUGGACGCCGCGGGAAUUGUGCCGGUUAUUUUUUUGGAGUUUAAUCUGAGGGAAUACGAACGAUAUUACUGAUGAAAAAACGUUGAGUGAUGUUUUUAACAUUCCAUCCGGAUAUUUAAAACCACUCUUACUGGUCCUCAAGAAGCAGCAACGAUGGGUAGAAAGAAGAUACAAAUCUCUCGUAUCACAGACGAGCGGAAUCGUCAGGUGACAUUCAACAAGCGUAAAUUUGGUGUUAUGAAGAAGGCUUAUGAGUUAUCAGUACUCUGUGACUGUGAGAUUGCACUGAUAAUAUUCAGUUCAAGUAACAAGCUUUAUCAAUAUGCCAGCACUGACAUGGACAAAGUACUACUCAAGUACACGGAGUACAACGAACCACACGAGUCACUCACCAAUAAGAAUAUCAUCGAGGCGCUCAACAAGAAGGAGCAUAAGGGCGCAAUGUCACCGGAGAGUCCGGAGCCGGACGCUAACGAAUACAAUCUCACACCACGUACAGAGGCCAAGUACACCAAGAUCGACGAGGAGUUUCAAAUGAUGAUGCAGAGGAACCAGCAUAAUGGGACAAGGGGUAUGGGACAAUCGAAUUACACGCUGCCAGUCACUGUGCCGGUUAAUACUUAUGGUGAAUCACUACUUGGAUCUAGUCCACAAAUGGCGCACACUAGUAUUUCACCGAGACCAUCGUCAUCUGAAACUGAUUCAGUUUAUCCACCAGGUGGAAUGCUAGAAAUGAGUAAUGGCUAUCCACCAUCAGCCUCACCCCUGGGCGGCUCACCAUCCCCAGGGCCAUCACCAGCUCUAGUUGUUGGUGGUAACAAGGGUGCAAAUCCGUCCCGUCACUCACCCCAACCACCUCCACCCCCUCAUCCACACAGAGCUAAUUUACGAGUCGUCAUACCCACUCCACUAUCACAAUCGCUCUCUGAAGACACCAGUUACGAUGUAAGAUUUUUGUCUGGGGGCCACACACAGACUGCACUCAAUACACCGGUAGUUGCGCUACAGACUCCAUCAGUGGCAGCUGGUUACUCGAGUUUCGGAUCGUCAGAUUAUUCCUCAGAUCUUGGAAGUCUAACGUGGUCACAUCAGAGGUACGUUGAUGACUUGUCAAUGUAUUCGGCAGCCACCAUGUCAAGCAUCAGUAGCCUUCCUCACUUAGCCGUGUCCAGUAGCACACCGCCACCGUCGACGUCUCCCCUCCCAGUGAAAAUAAAGAGUGAACCGAUAAGUCCACCCCGUGAUCCCCUCGGCAAUGCUGGUGGUGGUGCUGGAGGCCCAAGUAGUUUGCAUCAUACAAAUUUAACAGUAGGAUCAGUAACAACAACAGGACCGCCUCCACCACACCACGUUACCCACAAUGUACCCCAAACCCUGAAUCUCGUAUCGAGCCGGCCAACAAGUAAUCCACCACCAACGCAUUCAGGCAGUAUAACACCAACAAAUUUACCAUCACCGAGUAAUGCUGGUAAUGUUGACAUGAGAACGAGUCAUGGCACUGGUGGUAAUGGUGGGGGUAGUGGUUCGGACUAUGAGAAUGGACCGUUGAUGAAACGAUCUAGGAUUACUGAAGGAUGGGCCACCUAAUGCCGGCCAUUUUUGCGGCCCUACUGGUCCUACUCAGCUUCGUCGUACAAUGGCUAAUAAUGAAGGAACGAGAGAAGAAAAAAUAAUAAUAAAUCAUUUUGUUACGCUGACAAUGAGUUGAGUGACUCGGAGAUGGCCAAUGUGCUCUGAGGGCUCGUGGAGGGCUCACCAAGUACGAAGGAUUGUUUGUUUCAGCCCUGAGGAUCUUCGAGAAAUCACUAUAGCAACUGGGACUCUUGAUGCUGUUUCAAAUGGGAAUUAAACUAUGGAGCUUUUACGUUUUUUAAUGGGGUCAACUGCAAUACGCGGAUUCACAAUCUGUUACGUUCUUCGUUCAUUGACUUUGCACUUGGGGGAGGGUGAUCAGGGGGUGUUUUUCGUUCAUCUGGAACUAUGAUGAUGAUAAUUGUGGUGCCAUAAUGUUGAAAUAUGACAUAAAAUAUAUAUAAAUCUAUAUAUAUUUUCAUGUGUAUAAUAAGAAGUGUUGUUUGUAUAUAUGUCGAGAGAGAAAAAAGAGUUCGUAAUGGUUUGUCGGUAUGGCAUAUACACUCAUCCUACACUAUUGCAUAGAAAUUCCACUCUCUUUUUGUUUUCUAAGUUGCUAGUGAACUAUCGAGGGGGUCUUUGAUUAGAGAUAAUUGGAGAUUAAGUACCCAGACAUUUUUUUUUUCGUUUUAGUGAUAUCUUGUUGACGUGACGUAUAAUAAUACCGAGAAACUAUGAGAAAUUAUAUAUAUUUAAAUAUAUAUAUUAUUACUGGAGGGAUCUGCACCGAGUGUUGGAUUCAAAGACCAGAAUCUAAUGUGUUGGGAUUAUAACUGUUAUAUUUUUGUGUGGUAGUCCAUCAGCAGCAUAAUCCGUUGAUAAUAACUUUACCUCAUUGCAAUCGUGUGUGACAUUUAUUUUUAAUUCCCUUGUUUCCUCUAAUAUCUUCUUUCAUUUUAUUUUUAUUUUUUUUUUCAAUUAUUAUUCGGUUCAACUUCCACGAGUAAUUGAUCUAGUCAAAGAAAUUAUCAGUACUAAAAAAGAAAAUAAAAGGAGAAUUAGCAACUAGCUGGAUGCGUUCAGACGGCUGUAAAAAAAGAGGAAAUUAAUUGUUUUUUUUUAUUCGCCAAGCCAAAAUGAAGUGGAAGCUUUUUUUCGAAAUUUCUCUUGGAAGUCGAUUUCUCAACUGUCACAGCUUUAUUUUUACACUUAUUUUCCCCCCAAAUAUUGAUUUUUUUUUUUACUUUAUCGCGUAAUUUUAAUUUAUCAAGAAUGCCUUAACAUUUCGGUACUUAUGGGCCGAUCUGAUGAAACUGUUACAGACAAUGAAAUAGCUGUCGAUCUCAGUAAUGGAUUAAAAUAAUUACUAAAGGAGAAUUAACGAUUGAUUCAUCAAUAGUUGUUUUUUUUAUUACAAUAGUUAUAAGCAUGCAUUUUGAGUGUUUCCCCUCUGUCUUCAUUUUUCAUUUGAUUCCUUCCAUUUUAUUUCCUUUGUUUGCCCCGAGUGAGUUAAUUGACGGUAUAUGUCUGCUGGCACAAUGAAAUAAAAUCAAUAAAAUUGAGGGAAUAAAAAACGUUGGUUGCUGUUUGAAAAAAAAAACUAUCCCCGAUAUUCUGUGAGAAUCAGAUUUGAAAUUUAAUAUAUUAAAGUAUGAGGAGAGGAAAAAAUUUAACGAUAGUUAGUUAGAUAGGUCAUACAUCUAAGUAGCGUUGAUUGAUAAAUGAUUAAAUUGAAUAAAAUAAAUGAAAUAACUACGUAAACCUAGUAUACACACUCACGAAGCGCAUAUAAAUUUAAUGUAUGUAUGUAUGUACAUAAAUAUUAUAUUCGUACAUAUGAAUACAUUUUCCACGAGUAUUUUGCACGUUUGAUAUGAAGAAAAACUAUAACAAAAACAUGAUAUGAAGUGACGGUUAGAAAAUGCAAGCCCUCUUUAUCCCAAUGAAAAUUAUCAUCGUUGAGAGUUUAACUCGCAGGUUUAUGUUGAAGGAGUAAUUAAUAGCCAUGAGAUACACGUAAAAAUUGUCAUGUACACAGAUGAAUCCUCAAAUUAGGAGAAAUUGUCCCAUUUUUUUUAAUAUUGCAAUUCAAAAUCAGAAGGUUUUAUCGUUUCGACGUAUCCUGCUGAGGUAUUCUCUCAAAUCACCCACACUUGGAGGAAAGAAUAAUUAAAUAAAUGUAAUUUAAUGUAUCCUAAUGGAGUACACAGGUAUUGAGAAUAAAAUAGUGCCUGGCACCAUUUGUGGCCCUCGUUUUUCGUAAUAUUAAAAACAAAGCCGACAUCUAUGAAGUGAUAACAUACGUGGGAAUUUCAUUAUUGUUAUGCGACGAAUGCUAUUCCCUUCAUUAUUUCGAUUUUUUAACGAAUGUUUUGGAUCUCCCAGAACCAUGUGAAUGGAAAAGGAAAUUAUGAAGAAAAAUUAACGAAAAAAAAACAACAUUAAAUGGUCAGAUUGUAAUAUCGACUUGAUAAGAUGAUCACAAAGUGCAAUCUUUUAGGCAAAAAAAACACUUUUUUAUCGAUCUAAAAAGUAUAAAAAGAAAUUGUUAUUUUUCAUAAGGAAGAAAUGAAGUUUGAUAUAUUGAAAAGAAUAUAUUUCUCCCCUAGUUGUUUAAAAUGAGUAAAAACAUUUUCCUAUUAAUAAAGACAAAUUAAAUUAAUCGUAAAUACUGAAGAAACAAUUUGAAUGACGUUUUAUUGAAUUCAAUUGAUAUUUUUCCAAUGUGAACGAAUAACAAAUUGUACAAUGUUCAAUGGUACAACUCGACUCUAUGUUGUGCAGUGAAACGAGACUUAUCGUUAUGUCCACAGAGCAAAUAAAAAAUCAUUCUGUUUAAUGUGUUAUGGAAUUAUUUAUUUGGCAUGUUCUUUAAAUGUGAAUAGAACUGGACGAGACGAUCAGUUUGUUCCAAAUUUAUUAGUUAUAGUGGAUGUAACGAUAUUCCUCAACAAAUUCUAUAAAAAACAAAUUCUUUCGAAUGCUGUGACUUUUAUGGACCAUCUUUAACAGCUUUAUAUAACUAAUUAUUCAGGUAAAACAUUCACUAGAGAACUACAAAAACUAAACAGUACCAUAUACUCCGCAUGAGACACAACAACAGGCCCCAAAAACUCCCGUUGGCUUCACUAGAAACAAAAGAACAAAACAAUUAAUCUAACAACCAGCAAAUUAUUGUAAUGCACAGCACGAUAAACCGAUACGUUGGUUGUAAACAAGCGUAGUAAUGUUAAGAUUAUUAAAGAAAAAAAAAGAUAACAGCAUAAAUACAAUGAAGAAGAAUAUUUUUAAAAAAUUAUGAUGUAUGUACUAGCCACAACUGUUGUCACUGCAGACUAAACCCAUAAGUUAUUAAGUUUAAAUACAGGUUUACAAACUGGACAUAUCUAAGACGCCAAGUAGCAUCAACAUGUCUCAUAUACACGUGCAAGUGGAUGGAAAAAAAUUGUAACUAAAAUUUUCAAAAGGAGAAAUAAUGCUUUAAUAUCCAACUAACAGUUAUGACAGUGUAAAUUUUAAAAGUAAUAGGGAGCUACAUUUUCCUGUCGUUUGGGGCUGAACAUUUUUUCCUGAUUGCAACAUUGGAUGCAGACAAGAGUUUUACUAUCAGCAUUGUAUUGAAGAUAUUAGAGGAUUGUGUAACAACUCAAUCAUUUAUUUGUGUAAAAAAUAAAGAUUAUAAACGAUCGUUGAAUUAUUUACGAGUAUCACGUGGAGGUUUUAUGAGAGAAAAAAAAACGUUGGGCCUGUUUUGUCAUUGCUACAGGCAAUCUGUUUCCUUCGAAUCAUUCAUUUAUCAUUUUGGUUCUUGUACAUAACUAUUUUACCGGUCAUAUCGAAUUCAUAUGGCACAUUAAAAAAUGGUUCGUUUUAUGUGACUAUGGAGCUUUUAAUGAAAUGUGAACAAAGAAAAUUGACACAAAAUUAUGGAAAAUUGUUGCUGCAAUUGUUGUGAGCAGUCCAAAUAGCCAUGAAUAAUUAUUUUUUAUUUAAAAAAAGGAACAAAUAUGGAAAGUAAUUCUUAUAGUGCCAUUGUAACAGACUAAUUUAAUGGAAUAUCACCUAUUGUUUAAGUAGAAUGUUAAGGAUGAAAAUGGUAAAAUUGUAAUUGACACAAUUGUAACAAUUGCGGUGUUGAUAAAAAAAUACAAAGACUCGGUUUUAUGUUUGUAAUAAUUGUUAUAAUGUUUGCCAAACAUUAUAUAAAAAAUAUAUAUGAAAUAAUGAUUAAUUAUUGAAUUAAGUGUGACACGAUAAACAGAACAAAUGUUGGGAUGAUUUUUCUGCGAUACUAGUUUGUCAAUGAAAGGUGUCAUCCAAUUAUGCACAUCCGAUGCCACGCAACACAAUCGAAUAAUAAAAUAUACAUGUAUGUGUAUUCUGGGAAGGAAGGAACCAGAAACAAUGGAGGAAAAAGUGAUUUAUAGUUGAUAAUACGAAGGUGAACUCGUUUUGAAGUUAAAAUAUCUCAUUUUGGUGCUCGAACUCCCUCUCCUCCCCCAUUUACAUUUUAUGUUACCUUGUUUUCAAAUUUUACUGAUCCAAUAUGAUUGUUAAUCAUAUAUCUGCCUAUUAAUCGGUCAGUGAAAGAGAAGAGGAAGGAUGGAUAAUUACUGAGACUUAGUAAUUAAUUAUUGUUAUCUCGUAAAUGCUCUAUGUACAUCACGAACACGUAAUCGACGAUUUCCCCCUCCCGCCCCUUCUCCUUGAAAAUGAAAAGAGGAAUGUAAAAAAAAAAUGAAGAGAACAUGUAAAACACAAAUCCGCAAUAUGGUUAUAUUUCAGUGUACCAGCGUAAUUGCUAAUUAUUAUUAUGAUGUUGCCCAUAGAAUACAUUUUACUCGGUUUUUAUAUUUUGCUGUAUUUUAUUCCAUAAUUGAUUAUGGAAAUGCUGAGAAUAUCCAAUUCAAUCCUGACUUACUUUUGCAUGAAAUAAUUCUCCAAAUUUAGCUUCCGCUUGAUUGUUGAUUUAUGGAGUAAAUUAUUCCCUAUUGAAUCCAAGAGUCAAACUGUUGUGUAUGAAAAUACCCCGAUCCUCGGUAGAAAUGCCUUAACGUCACGUGCCUCAAUUUUUAAUAUUCAAAUUAUUCACAACUAUACGUAAAGACACACCUCUGUUUAUCUGUAAUAUUCUAUCUAGUGUUAACGUAUGAGAAAAAAAAAAUUAUGAAAUUCUAAUGAAGUGAGGGGAAGAUGAAAAUGAUACUCUGUGUGAAAUUGAAACUUAUUCUUUGUACUACUCUUGUAAAUACAUUCUAAAAAAUUAAUCGUCAA